GUUCGUUUCGGAGGCGCAGUGACGGACAUCCCGGAGUCGAGCGCACUGGACUCAUAAACACAAUGUAGUCAGUCUUGAACAAGUAGAUUUCAAGUUUGAAAACCUUUUUAAUCCAUCCACUCAAUGUGAAAUGGGCAUUGUGUAAUUGUUGGUCUGACUCUGUAAGCACUUAUGCCUUAAAGAAUGAGAGUCUUAGGGAGGAGGACUGUUGAAAUGAUGCUACACGGAGAUGGAGAAUGGAGGACCCACAAGAGUGCAUGACAAGCGGGUCAGUGCUGGUUUGAAGAAAUCAUAAAAAGAGGAGAAACGCAUAUCACCACUUGAAGCCAUGGGGAUACGACACCUCCUGCUCCUUUUGGUCUAUCUAGACCCACUGUGCGUCCUGAGCGCAUCCACGGCCAAGCGGAGCAAACCCCCUCCAAAGAGACCCCCCAAAGUAAAGGAGGUCAACAGCACUGUUGCUCCGACAGUGGCACCCCAACGGAUCACACAAGUCCAGGCACCCAUCAUCGGUGAUCAUGACACCUGUCUCGGCUACUACGACGUGAGCGGUCAGUUUGAUAAAGAGUUCUCCUGCAACAACACUGACCACCGGUACUGCUGCGGGAGCUGCUUCCUGCGCUUCUGCUGUCCCGUGAAAGCCAAACGGGUGGAUCAGAGAGUCUGUACCAACUACAACACGCCCGACUGGAUCAAAACCCAACCGCCCUCACCCGCACCCACAGGGGACACGUACGACCCAGCACUGGACCAGACCAACACCACCGUCUACAUCACCUGCGGGGUCAUCACCCUCAUUAUCAUCCUGGGGAUUUCUGCCAAAGUGGCCUAUGACAAAGCCACCAGACCACCUCAAGAAAUGAAUGUCCACAGAGCGCUGGCGGACAUUUUGAGACAGCAGGGGCCCAUUCCCAUAUCACAGUAUGAGCAUGAAAACAUCGCGGCUAUAGACACCUCGCCCAAAGAGAACACACCUGUACGGACAUCCAAGAACCACUACACACCGGUGCACAACAAAAACAACCACGGGCAUUAUGGGAAAGAAAACUUCCGCAGUGGUCAAGACAUGCACAACUUCAUCUCCUCCGGCUUUGUGACGCUCGGCAGGGGCCAUCUGAAAGCGCAGCACUCUGUAGAUGAUCCCGGGCAGCUGUCCUGGCAGGGCGACCUGGACGUUCCUCUUUCCUACAGUAUGUAUCGUGCUUCAACACCACACACGCUCCUCCUGCUCACAGAUGUUAUCAGCAGCUGUUUUGACGUGCAGACAGACUGCGGCGUUCAGAGAUCAGUGCCAAGCAGCGGUCAGAUCCACUCAGACGUCAGUCACCAGGAGCGGCAGACUGACUGA